CUCAGCUCGCGGUACCACGCCGCGCCACGGGCUGGAAGUUAGGGCCCGAGUCCGAUACGGGGAGAGAGAGGGGACCAGAACCUGCCCCUGCGCCUGGGAUUGGUUCCCUCGCCGCGCUCCGCCCCCGCGCUACCCAAUGGGACGACGGGGUUUCAGAGGCGCUCUAUAUAACCGGCUCUAGAGGGCUGCGCGCAGGGAGGCCAGCGGAGCCGGGUGGGACUCGCGGCAGGAUGAGGCUGACGCGUGGCCGUGACUGGGGGCAGCGCCUGCCCAGCCUGGGGCUGCUGCUUCUGCUGCUGUGCAAGGUGAGUGGCCAGCCGCCGCCGUGCCCCCCGCAGUGCGGCGGCCGCCCGUGCCCGGCAGAGCCACCCAGCUGCGCCCCGGGAGUGCCCGCCGUGCUGGACGGCUGCGCCUGCUGCCUGGUGUGCGCCCGGCAGCGCGGGGAGAGCUGCUCCGAGCGGCAGCCCUGCGACCAGGGCAGCGGCCUCUACUGCGACCGCAGCGCCGGGGCCGGACGGGGCAUCUGCCUGGUGCUUGAAGGAGACAACUGUGUGUUUGAUGGGGUUAUUUAUCAGAGUGGGGAGACAUUCCAGCCCAGCUGUAAAUACCAGUGUGCCUGCAGAGAUGGACAGAUUGGCUGUGUGCCCCGCUGUAACCUUGACCUACUGCUCCCUGGUCCUGAUUGCCCUUUCCCAAGGAAAACUGAAGUCCCAGGAGAGUGUUGUGAGAAGUGGACUUGUGACCCUAAAGAGGAAGUGACUUUGGGCAGUUUUGCUAUGGCUGCAUAUAGAAAAGAAUCAACUCUUGGAAUUGAUGUCUCUGAUUCAAGUUCCAACUGUAUUGAGCAGACAACAGAAUGGAGUUCAUGUUCCAAAAGCUGUGGAAUGGGCUUUUCCACCCGCAUUACAAACAGGAAUCCUCAGUGUGCGAUGAUGAAGCAGACACGACUCUGCAUGGUGCGACCUUGUGAGAGCGAGCAGCUGAUUGAUAAGAAAGGGAAAAAGUGUGUCCGAACAAAGAAGUCAUUGAAAGCUGUUCACUUUGAGUACAAGAACUGCACUAGUAUACAGACCUAUAAACCCCGCUAUUGUGGGCUCUGCACUGAUGGACGAUGCUGCACACCACACAACACCAAGACAAUCAAGGUUGAGUUCCAGUGUCCCCAGAGCAAAGUCCUCAAAAAGCCAAUGAUGCUGAUCACUACCUGUGUCUGUCAUAACAACUGUCCCCAGGACAACGUUUUCUUCCAGCUGUUAGAGCCAAUGUUCAAUGGAGUAAAAAUAUGAAACACUGAAACUAGGUUACUUUUUCAAAAACUUAAAAUGUUUGAACAGUUUAUAUGAAACUUAACCCAUGAUCAGAUGAAUGUAAUAUAUCCAGUCUUUCUAAACUCAUAUCACUUGUUCCUGAGAACUCAAAUAACUCAUGCUAUACUUUAGGGGAGGAAAAAUGUAUUUCAUUAACUUGGAGAAAGUUCAGUUUCCUGGAAUAUAGUUUCAUCUUUAAUAUAAAGAUGAGUAAGCAAAUGACCAAUUUCUCUCCUCCUUGGGAAAUUAUGCCAUUGACCUCAGUGGCAACAAGAUCAGUGCCAUUUAUCAUGCAUUUAUUUAAAAAAUCCUCUUCCUGCUACUUAUGUAAAACUUCCAUGUCCUUGUCCUCUCAAUUUGCAUAAUGUACUAGCUUUGUUUCUGCAUAACAGUUCAUUACAAUAGGAACAAUUUGAUUACUGUAAAACCCUAGUGAAAAGAACAUUUUUGAGGCCAUGUGCAGGUAAAAGGUGGCAUAUCUGACUUUUUACUGAGAAUCAAGUGCCACAUGUGGCCCCAAGAAUGCUAGAGAAGAGGUAUGACAUAAAGCAGAUGAGAGAAACUUCACUAAUAUCCAGAUACUUAAUGGCUUCACAAGGAGCCUAGUCCAAAUCCUAUUGAAGUUGACCAUCUAAUAAUACCUAGUUCUUACAGCACUCUUCAAAGGAAGGUCGGUAUUCUUAUCCCUAUUUUACAGAUGGGGAAACUGAGGCACAGGGCAGUGAAGUGACUUGCGCAAAGUCAUCUAGUGCUCAAGCCAGGAAUAUGAUCAUGUCUGAAUCACUGUCCAGUUCUCUAGCCAUUAGGCAAUCCUGCCUCCCAAGUGUUAUUACAAUGUUAGUCUGCAACAGUAAAAGGUUUGUAAAUUACUUUAAAGUAUUGCUACUCUUUCUAUAAAAUUGAACACAAUACAUGUAUAUAGAAACUGUAUAUAUUGUAAUGUUUCUGUAAAUGUCUAAGCAUUGAGUAAAUAAAACUGAGCUGAAA